GCACAACAGAACACCUUCGGCUGUAGCCCCUCACUCAGGAGAGCUUCAGGCUCCAAGAAAGAAGACGACAUGGGCAAGGAUGGCGAUCUCUGGGAUGAUUCUGCUCUUAUCAUCGCGUUCGAUAACGCCAUGUCCAAGUACAAGAUGAUGCAUAGCAAGAGAAACACUGAAGCGAAUGUCUCUGGUGUUGCUGAUCAAACUGGCGAUGAAGCUUUGAGGGAUGCAGGGAAUAACAGUAAAGAUGCAACAAAUGGUGAAACCCCAAUGCAUGAGGUUAAGAAUCCUAUACUAGUUAAAGAAGACUAUCAUGUAGCUUCGCAGACACCUGAACCUAAUGUUAGUGUUGAUUCACCAAACAGUAUAUCUGUGCAAGAUGCCCCAUAUGAGAAUAAGGAUUAUUCAUAUUCACAAGGUGCAGAUGACUAUAAUAAGUUGCUGACCCAGUAUUAUGAGCUUGAAGAGAAGCAGCAACAGAUUAUGCAGCAGCUUCAACAAUUUGGUAGUUGGAAUUACCAGCCGGCUGUUGAAGGGUCUUGUUCAGCUGCACAAUGGGGAAACUCCUGUGGUGCCCAAGAGUAUCCAACUCAUGCAAAUCAAGCUUCAAAUAUAAUUACUGCUUGUCCGUGUUGCCCAUAUGCAUAUCAGACUUUGGUGGCUCCAUGCUCAUCAUAUUCUGCUUGUUCAUUGGGUGGGACGUGUGCCGAAGCUGCUACUCUUCACACUAGGGAAGCAAUUACUCAUGGGAACUCACUCUCUGUUGCAGACACAGACAUUGUUAGAACAGCAAUGGGAGCUGUGGAAAGAGCAGUAUCCUCCUUGAAGAAAGAAACUUUAGAAAACUCCAAUACAAAUGAAGCAAACAAGGAAGAGAAAGAUAAUGAAGGGAAAGUGGCUCAAAGUGUCAGCUCUCAAACUGAUCUUGCAGUCGUUUUAAAUGCAUGGUAUUCUGCAGGCUUCUACACGGGCAAGUAUCUUGUGGAGCAAUCGGUCGCAAAGAAACAUCCUCACUAGGCAGACAUCUGCAACAUGAAGCAGAGGCAAAAUAGUUCUUUUACAUGUUCUACCUGAUGGUAUGACUCAUAUUGGAUCCCUCAUCGUCAAGAGGAGAAAAACAUCAGCGAAUUUUGUGUCCCAACUUUUGUUCACCAGCUUGUUCUUCUCUUCAAAAUCUGACCAGCAUGAAUGGUGAUAUUCAUAUUGGAUGAACUAGAGUUAGAGGUGUACUUAAAUAUUUUUCAGUAACUGAUUAUCCAUACGAUGCCAUUGCAAAGGUUUGGUUUUGGUUAUACUUUUUCUUCCUCUAUGUUCUUGGACAAAAAAAAAAAGGUGGCAUUUAAAAGAAUUUGGAGGGAUUGAAUGAGAAAACGCUGUUGACUCUGGAUUUAUAGUUGAUGCUGAUUUUUAGCCAAAAUUCCACUGCUACAAGUUUGUAAUCCUUGAACAAGUUUUUAGAAAAGUCAGAAAUUUGUGCUUGAGUUAGGCUUCACUGAAGGAGCGCAGAGGGUUUUCAUACGU